CUUUGUAUAAAGGCGGAGAUUCUGGAUAUUUUUCAUCAGUGUCUCACUCGACGUCACAUGAGACAGAGGUUGUGUGGCAGCUGUACUGAGAAGAAUUACCACAAUGAUUCGUUCACUACUUGGGAUGAUCUGCUUCUUACUGCUUGUGUUUGUGGCUUUGAGCGAGGCUUACUGCAACAGCUCCUGCAUAGAGAUUUACCAGCCGGUCUGCGGAACUGACCACAAGACCUACGACAACAAAUGUUACCUCCAGCUAGCAACCUGCAGAAGUAAUGGCCGCAUCAAGUUUCUACAUGACGGUGCUUGUGAGAAGAAAGAGUGUCCUGAGUUCUGUACCCUGGAGUAUGAGCCAGUGUGUGGCACGGAUGGCAAGACGUAUGGCAACCUAUGUCAGCUUCUAGGAGCUGCCUGCGACAACCCUUAUCUCAAGCUAAGAGUCGCCCACCGUGGGCCAUGUUACUAGAAACCAUCCAUCAACACAAGACCUUCCUGGACGCCUAUGGCAGGUUUCAGCUAGUGGUGACGUCAUAGGAGUAAGUCAGCCAGACAGCUCUCCCCAAACAACGUAGCUUCUGGCCACAACUUAAAACAUCUUUUGAUAAAUCUUAAUAAACUCUCCUUUUGGGUCCUAUA